GUUACUUUCUACAAUACUUCUGCCAUCAUCUGAGAGACUCUAUUGCCCAAAGGCAUGAUGGAGCAAACAGCAGGACGUUUCGUUUUGGGUUUUCUCCUGGUUGCCGUGGUCAGUGGAGCCACCAUCCAAAGCAUCACUUGGUGUGCAGUUUCCGAGAUAGAGGAGCAGAAGUGUUUGGAUUUGGCCGGCAACAUCACGCUACGGAACAUCCGUGGGAAAUUGCAGUGUGUCCGGGGUCAGAGUGCCACAGACUGCAUGCAGAAGAUUAAGAAUGGCACGGCCGACGCUGCCUCCAUGUUUCCUGAUGAGAUCUACACUGCUGGAAUUUGUUACGGUUUAGACGUAGCGGUGGGAGAAUCACACAAUGGAAUGGAUGGCAUUAAUUACUACGUGGUGGCGUUGGCGCGCAAGUCCUCAGGUGACCUGUCCCUGCUGGAGAUGCACGAGCGCAGUUCAUGCCACCCAGGAAUCCGCACCACAGUGGGCUGGACGGUGCCGAUCGGCUUCCUGGUCAACACAUCGCAGAUCAGCGUGGACCAGCAGUGCAACUUCCCUCAUGCGGUGGGAGAUUUCUUUGGCUACAGCUGUGUCCCAGGAGCAAAAGAUCCGGAGCAUGACCCCAAAGGCAACAAUCCCAGAAACCUUUGCGAGGCCUGCAUAGGUGAUGAGAAUGACCGGCAUAUCUGUGCCAACAACCCGCGGGAGCGGCACUACGGCGAGGCAGGAGCUCUCAGAUGUGUGGCGGAGAACCUCGGGGACGUUGCCUUUGUGAAACACACCACUGUCUUUGACAACCUCAAUGGUAAGAACCAGGAGUCAUGGGCUCUGGACAUAGAGAUGGAAGACCUGAAGCUACUGUGCCCAGAUGGAGGUGAAGCGCCUCCCUCUGAACACGCGCGAUGCCACCUGGCCGUGGUGCCCGCCAACGCCGUGGUGGUGCGCCUGGAGGAUAAAUGCCGCGUUUACAAGUUCCUGGAACGUGUUCAGAAUGCGUUUGCCAACGCCACGCAGGGCUUCUCGCUCUUUAGCUCAGAGGGGUACGGGCAGCCUGAUGUCAUGUUCAGUGACUCGACUCUGAAGCUAAUCAGGGUGAUGGGAACUUACCAGUCCUGGCUGGGACACAGUUACACCACCAUGCUUCAGGCGUUCGAGUGUGAAGGCUUGUGCUGAUGGAAUUACGACUCUCUCUCUCUCUCUUUCUCUCUCUCUCUCUUUCCUUCUUUCUCCCCCUCUCCCCCUUCCUCUCUCAGAUAUUCCUUUCCCUCCCCACUUUGGCGAGUUCUCAUUCCCAAGCUUCAUGCUUUUUCUCCUCUCAUUUUCCAUCCCACAUGCCACUUGGUUCGCUAUUCGAUCUGCGAUCUCACCGAAGAAGACGAAGGCCGACGAGGUUCCUCAUGCUGUGAAGGGAUUCGUUCUAUUGAGCCUAUAGUGUGUUAAAUCCAUGCAAUUUGAUAAACAUCACGAGUUUAAUGGGGGACCACUUGAGUGCGGUUCCGCCCUUGACCUCGAUGGCUUCAUUGUCACCAGAGUCAUCUGAUGAAUUUUUUUUUUUUUUUUUUUAAAUACAUGAUUUGUGAAACCCAUUGGUCUAGCAUGACACCAUUCGCAUAUAUACAGAGUCAGCUCAAAAAAUUUAUACACACAUUAGGAAAAGAAAAAUAGUAUGAUGUAUAUUAUAUGAAUAUAAUAUUAUCAUAUUAUUAUCAUCAUAUCAUGUUAUAUGUCAAUAUACAAUAUAACGUAUAGCAAUAAAUUAAGUAUUAAAAUAUUUAUACCAUUUUUUUUUUCCCUGAAGUGUGUAUAUGUUUUUUUGGCUGACUUUAAGACAGCUGAGCUUAGACUUCAAGGCUGUUCUAAAAAAAAUUUUUUUAAACAAUUCCCAAAUCUCAAAUCUCUCUCUGGAAAAUGUUCUCUUGGUCUCACGUACUCAUCUCAAUUUAGAAGAAUCUCAACACAGGUGCUCAUUAUACGAUGCUGCCUUCAGGAAUUGAACAAUAUU